CGGAUGGAGAGCUUCUGGCAGGCGGUGAGCCGUAAGAAACCGAACGACGACGACGGCAGCCACUCGAAGCUGGCGCGCGUUCUCACGCUGCUCGAUCUGACGGGGCUCGGUGUGGGCAGCACACUCGGGCUGGGCGCCUAUGUCCUGGCCGGUUCGGUGGCAUACGAACAGGCGGGCCCAGGGGUCGUCAUCUCGUUCGUCAUCGCUGCCCUAGCGGCCGCCAUUGCCGGGCUGUGCUAUGCCGAGUUUGCGUCGCGCGUACCGAAGGCGGGUUCGGCGUACAUCUACACCUACAUCACGAUCGGCGAAUUUGCGGCCUUCACGAUCGGCUGGAACCUGAUGCUUGAGUACAUUAUCGGCACGGCCAGUGUAGCCCGGGGACUGAGCGGCUACAUCGAUGCGCUGAUUGAUCAUCGAAUGGGGAAUGCACUGAAGGAGGUGGUGGAGAUCAAGGUCAGCUUUCUGGCCCAGUACCCGGACGUGUUUUCGUUCGUAGUCGUCCUGUUCAUCACGGCACUGCUGGCCUACGGAGUGAAGGAAUCGACCCUACUGAACAACCUAUUCACCGGUGUCAACCUGAUCGUGAUCGCGGUCGUACUGGUGUCGGUCGGCAUUAAGGCGGAUCCGGCCAAUUGGGCCAUCCGGCCGGAUGAUCCCAGCAUACCGGCGGGGCUGCAAGUCGGUGCCGGCGGAUUCCUCCCGUACGGGAUGGCCGGUGUGAUGGCCGGAGCGGCCAAGUGCUUCUACGGGUACGUCGGGUUCGACUGUAUCGCCACGACCGGCGAGGAGGCCCAGAACCCGUCGCGCAACAUUCCGCUCGCCAUCAUCGGCUCGCUGCUGAUCAUCUUCCUGUCCUACUUCGGCGUGGCCACCGUCCUCACGAUGGCCCUGCCGUACUUCCUGCAGGACCCGGUCGCACCGUUCCCGCGGCUGUUCGACUGUCUCGGCUGGCAGGAGAUCAAGUGGAUCGUAUCGAUCGGAGCAAUCUUUUCGCUCUGCACCAACUCGCUCGGCGCAAUGUUCCCGCUGCCACGCGUCCUGUACGCGAUGUCCUCCGACGGGAUGCUGUUCAAGCAGCUGCGGAAGGUUCACCCGAAAACGAAAACCCCGCUGCUGGCCACCAUUCUGUCGGGCGUGUUCUCCGGCACGAUGGCCCUACUGUUCGAUCUGCACCAGCUGAUCGAUAUGAUGUCGAUCGGUACGCUGCUCGCGUACACGAUCGUGGCCGUUAGUGUGCUGGUGUUGCGGUACGAGCAGAACACCAACUUCGUCGCCAGCACGCAAACCAAAUCGACGGCCGUGGCCAAGCAGCUGUUCAAUCUGACCUGCCUGACCGCACCGAGCAGUCUUUCGUCGAGCAUCGUCAAGGUGGCGGUGCUCGUUUACGCCAUCACGAUCUGCGGUAUCAGCUCGAUCCUGGUGCACGGGCAGGAGCACCUCAACCAGUACAGUCCCCUGUUCUGCACGCUUCUUACGGCGCUGACCGUGGUGGCCCUGCUGCUGGCGCUCAUCAUUUCCUGCCAGCCGACGGAGGCCCGCUCGCUCACAUUCCGGGUGCCAUUCGUUCCGUUCCUUCCGCUGCUCAGCAUCCUCGUCAACGUGUACCUGAUGUUUCAGCUCGAUGCGGCCACCUGGGUACGGUUCAUGAUCUGGCUGCUGUUCGGUUUCGUCAUCUACUUCUCCUACGGCAUCCGGCACUCGGUGCUGGGUUCCGGCAGCCAAACGCUGUCCGAGAGCCAGCUGGAGAACCCGUUCGCCACAUUCGGUACCAUUAAGGUGUAGUCCGUCGUCCGGGUCGGACCGAGAGUACGGUCAUUCCGAUCGCCGUCGAGGGAAUCGCUGAGUGCGCUGGGAGCGCCUUCAGUAGUUUUGCUAAAAUGUUGCGUAGGGUAGGUUAGUGGACUAGGACUAGGACUUUGUGAUCGAUGCAUUACGCGUCCGUCAGUCAGUCACUCAGGUAGCGAGCUGCAGCGCCAGAUUUUGAACCCUAGAACUGUGAGCUAAACGGGUGUCUUACCUAGAUUUGGUAACGGCACAAUAAACACAUUUAUUUACAA